UAUAUAUAUAUACAUUAAUUAAAGUUUACAUAUUUGAAUAUUUUAGAAAUAUGUAUUGUUUAAUUAAUUUAUAAUAUAAAGACUAUGACACUAGUGUAGAUUAUAGAAUACAAACAUGUUUCUAUAGACAUAAUUCGAUGAAAUUAUUCCAAAAUAUUAAAAUUUAAAACAAAUAUAAAUUUAAUUUUUUAAGAAAAAAUAAAUAAUACAAAGUUUUUAUAUUUAUAUAAAUUUUAUAUAAUUUAAGUAUAAUAAUAACUGUUUAUUAAUUAAUGGUGAUAUAUAUUUAUUUAAGCGUAUAAUAAUUUUUUUAUCAUCUUAUUAUUAUUAUUGAAUUAUGUUAUAUUUUAUACUGGUUCGGCAUGAAAAUAUAAAAUUUUAUUAAUAUAUUAAAUAUUAUUAUAAUUGCAUAAUAUGUUCAACUACAAUGGAGAACACAAUCCUGAUUCCAAAAUAAAAUUUCAAAAUAUUAAAAUAUAAAUGUAUAAACUAGAACAUGAUUUUUUAAUUUUUAAUUUUUAAUUAUAUUUAAAUUUAUGGAAAAAAAUCUUAAAGAGUUAAACAUAUACAAAUAGUGUUAUUAACUUUCAAAACUUAUCAUUAGUUCUUUAAAAUGUUAUUAAUGUGGGGGUCUUGUUAAUUCUGGGUCGGCUCUAUGUAAAUGAACAUGUUCCUUUAUACCAAAAGAAGGUAUUAUCCGAUUGUCAAUAAAAUUAUACUCAGCGGCAGACCCACUAAAUGAAAAGGUGUCACCUAAGACCAAAUAGGAUGUUGGACAAAAUAUCUGUAAAUUUUGAUUUGAUCUGUUGUUCGUUUCAAUUCGAACAAACAAUUCUGGAUAACUCUGACUUUACAAAGGAAAGCAAAUACAAAUAUGCUAUAUCCAUUAGAAACAAAACAAAUCACAAAUAUUAAUAUUUUUGGAAAUGCAUAUCCGAUCUGUUAUAUGCAUAUAUAUACAUAUAUUUAAAAAAUUGUAUAUACAACUUGUAUAAAUAUUAUAUUUUAUAUAAGAUCUAGUAUUUUUAUUAUUAAAUUUACUAUAUUAGUUAUUAGAAUUUUUAAAAGUAAAUAAUAUUUUACUUUUGUAAUAAAAUAUAAAUAUUUUAUAUUAGUUUAGACUAUUUUUUGUACGGAUUGAAUCGGAUAACCGGGUAAAAAUUUAAAUAUUUUCAGAUAUACGGGACAUUGAAUAUCCGGGCAGCUACGGAUAUAAUCAAAUCGGAUAACAUGUUCGGACGAAACGGAUCCCAUCACGAAAACUUCUAAAAACUUGAAUAUUCGAACAGUGCUCACUCCUACUUAAGAACACUUAAAUCGUUUAAUUGAGAGCUUUUGACAACCUCUUUCGAACUUAUUUUCUUAUGUAUUUGUUUUUCAUUGGUGUAUUUUUUCUUUUUAAUUUUAAUUUAAAUUAUUUAAUAAAAUAACCAUUAUUAUUAUUAUUUAAAUACUUAACUUAAGAAUUCAACCAAUGAAAUUGCUCUAAUAUGGGAGAUGUAUUACAUCCCUUCACAAAGCCCCUCAAAUAAUAAAACUCAGUCCAUUUAAUCGGUUCGACUCAACGCCACUCGGCGCCAAUCAGCUCGAUACUCAUACACGGCUGAGUGGCUUGACUUUACUCGGCACCACGAGCUCAGCUCAAUAGCCUUGUACUUUUCUUGGCACCAAGGAAGGGAUUUAGACUUGAGAACACACAAAGAUAGAUGACUAAAAGCUAGAAUUUUAUACUUUAUUUUUCUCGCCGACUUGUACUUUUCUGACCGGCUUAAACAAGCAACGACUAUUUUUAAACACAGUGCUCACUGCUUCAUAUCAGUAUCAGCAGGAAACUUCAUCCUCAGCCGUGAUAACAUCACGAAGUGUCUAGGGUUGGAACAUUUCAGCCAGAUUUGAUGAGUAUUUUUCACGAGAAAUGUGAUUUUAAAAAGCUUAUGAACGCUGCAUUAUCUUCUAUGUUAAAAAGGUGUUUUCAUUUUCCAUAUAAUAUAAACAUGAAUCGCUGCUAGCAGACAGACAAUCAUGCAAUCACUAUAUUAAAAUUUCUGGUAGCUGUCUGUAGUCGACGUCUUGUACGGUACAACUUAAUAGACUAUUGAUAGAAUGGAGUAACAACUUAAAAACCUCUAAAACAUAUGGCUAUAUAUUUCUAUAUAUGUCCAAAUCGCGUUUUUAAAACGGCAUAACCUGUUUAAUUCAUACUAACUGUCCAUGUGUUUACCUAGGUGAAGUUUUUUGAACUCUCAAAAGGAACCCAACUUUUUCACAAAUUUGUAUCAAACUCAAAUUACAUUGUAUAAUUUUACUAAAUUUAUAAUGUAAUAUUAUGUAUUAAUAUGAUUAUAUAUUAAUCAUUUAUUUUCUUGUUAAUUUUCCUAAUAUUGAUUUUGAUGAAUAAUAAUUAUGUGAAAUCUACACUUUUAUUUUUGUUGACGUGAUUUGAUGAAUCAUGUUAUAAAUGGAUUACAUUCCUUUUUGUGUUCUUACGAACUUUUUAUUCUUGAUGUUUAUGUUUUUAGAUUAUAUUAUGUAUUGUUCACUAACAUAUAUUGUCUGCCACUCUGCCUAUAACGGUUGGCUUAUAUAUUUACAAAUCUAAAUCAGUUGAGAGUAAACAGCUCAGCCCCACAAGAUAAAAAUGUUUGUAUUUUUUUUGUAAACGCAAUAUAUUAUCAUGGCAUAUUUUUUAAAAUUAUUAAAUUUAUUUUAGUAUUAAAAUACUUAAAAAGGUAUAUAAGCAAUAAAAAUAAAUUUGAUUUAUAUUUGUUUGUUAAUGUGAUUUUUCGUGGUAUUUUAUUUUUAAUUCUUAUUAUUCGGUUGCAAGAACAUGUAUUUGAUAUUUAAGUUGAAAAUUUUAAUAUUCAUUUGUUUUUAUUUUAUAAAUAUUUUUUUAUUGGGAAUGAAAUUAUUUCAAAAAAAACAUUUUCAAAAUAUCUGCUUCCAAACGAGAAUAUAUUCAAAAUAUUAAUUUUUAUUUACAACAAUAACUUAUAUUUAUAAAAAAACUAAAAUUAAUUAUAUUUACUUUUAUUUUUUCAAAUGUUUCACAGAAUUAUAAGACUAUUAUGUAAAGAAAAAUGUGAUUCUAUUUUUUUCUUAAUAAACUAUUGUUCUUAUCUUAUACAUUACAUAUUGUUUUGUUGAUGGUAUGUUCGAGGGUUUAUUCAGUUAUUAUUGUACAUAUAUCAACAGUUUUAUUUACUUUGAUUAAUAUAAUAUGUGAAGUUGGAUUAUGUUUAACAUUCUUGUGCUUUGAUUUAUUUUGAGAUUUUGUAGGUUUUGGUAGUUCUAAGAAUUUGGUUUAAUAACAUCACUUUAUAUUAACAAUUAUAUAUUUGUUUAUUUGAUUAGAUAAUUAUUUAUAAAUUAAUAUAAUAAAAAUUGAUUAAAGAUAACAUCAUAUUUUAAAAUAAAAAACAAUAAUAGUGUUAUCCUAAAAUAAUGUUUUUAAAUCAAUGAAAUUUUAAAAUUAAGAAAUUGAAAUAUUCAUAAAAUAUUAUAAAUUUAAAUUUUUAUUUACAUUUUUUAUCUUUAAACUAAUAGUAAAAUAUUAAUAAGUAUCUAUAAAAAAAUUACUAGUUAAGUUAUGUAAAAUCUAGUUCGUGUGCGACUCCUAUAUAGGCCCAGUUUUGAGGAUAAGCGACAGGGCCAACUUUCAUUUCAAAGUUGUUCAAAAAAUAAAAUAAAAAUUACUAAUUUUCUUUAGAAAUUAUCCUAAUUUUUUUUUAAAUACAUUACAGAACAGGACACGAUUAUUUAAAUGAUUAUAAUUAUUUUAAGAAAAAAACGUUUUAAAAACUAUUUGGACCAAUAUUGGAUCCUAGGUUCGUUCCUACGAGACUGAUCUGCUUCUAUGUAUUUACAAAAAAAAAUUUAUAUAUAUAGCGAUAUCUUAUCACUUUUCGUUUAAAAGUCGGCGUGUUAUCGUUGACCGUGUUUUAGUCAACUGAACCUAAUUCAUUUUACUUCAUAAACUUUAUUACAGAGAUGUAAUUCAUCUCCAAUGAUGUUAAAUUGUAUUCAAAUCAAAGUCUUUGGUUUACAUCUGAGUGCUUCACAUGAAAGAAUUUAAGGAAAAAUUGAAAACUAUGUACUAUUUUUUUACGUGUUUUGUGGAGUACCAAACCAGUACCCAAAGCACGUCCAAAAAAUAGUACAUAGUUGAUGUACCGAGAAUAUAUAACCGUUAUAAAUAAUGCAUUGCAAGUCAACAGCCAGACACAUGAAUCGCUAAAAGAAACUAGAAAGACAGUACAACUGAAUGACAGUCGUCAAUCUCUUAUGGUUUAACUUGAUAUACUAUUUAUAGAGUGGAGAAAUAGCUCAGAAAAACGUCGAAAACUAUAUAUAUCUAUAAAUGUCCAAAAUGUGUUUCCAAAACAGCAGGACCUAUUAACAGAAUAUACAUCUGUAUGUCCUCCUUGUGUACAUAUGGUUUGUCUUUUCAAUUUCUAAAGGAAUCCAACAUUUCUUCAUCGUAUUCCCCAAUUUUUUUCCUUGUAACAUAUCUCUCAAAAGAUUUUAAAUUCAUGGAAGUAAUGGGAAAUACGACGGGUCCAAUUCUCGGGGAGCCGGAGGCGGAUUUUAGGGGAGAGACAUUUGCGCCGCCGCCAGGACAGGCAGGCACGGGGGAUGAUACUUUGGGGGGUGAUGUAAAUUGGAUAUAUGAUAUGGCUUGGUAUGGUGAAGCUGUAAGAAAAAGUGAUGGAUUUAUAUGCGAGGAGCAUCCUGCCAAGUUGUCUUCUGAUGGUGUUUGGGAGAAAAUCAUUUAUAAAGGUGAGGGUCUUCGCAUUUGGCAAUAUCGUCUUCCGAAUCUAGAGAUUGUCAUAUUGUUUGUGUUCUUCCUUUGGCAAUUCUUCAACAUCUUGUUCAGGAAAAUGGGUCUUAAGAUUCCCAAGUUCACCUCUAUGAUGAUUGUGAGUUCUACUUCUCCUCAUUAUUUUGUAAAAUUUAAUAAUUAUCUGCUCUUGAAAACAUUCCUGACAAUACAAUUUAUUCUGUGUGUGUUGAAGGCGGGGUUACUCUUGAACGUUAUACUUACUGUUUCGGGCGAUAAGUCGAUUAUUCAAGAGUUAUUGUUCCCUAAAAAUAAAAUAGAUGUUCCGGGAUGCCUUGGAUUAUUUGGGUUCAUGAUAUUUUGGUUCCUCAAGGGUGUUAAAAUGAACUUCAAGAGAAUCCUCAAGGCUGAAUCAAAGGCAAGAGUAACUGGAGUGGCAGCGGUUACUUUCCCUAUAAUAGUUGGUCUCGUGAUUUACAUGUCAGUUGAGAAACGAACGCUCCUAGCCAAACCGUAUGGUCCAUUGUUGCUAAUGGAGAGCCUCACGUCUUUUUCGGGAAUCGCAAGGCUCUUGAGAGACCUUGACAUGAACCACUCAGCUCUUGGUCGGGUGGCUUUAUCCGCAGCCUUAAUCUCAGAUAUGAUCGGACUCUUCUACAUGGUGAUGCUGGUCCCUAUUUCUAAUCCAACGUUUGUUAGCUUUGGUUUACUUAUAGAAAUUGGUUUCUAUCUCGCCAUUUGUUUCGCUGUUGUGAGGCCCAUCAUGUUUAAGAUAAUAAAAAGAAAACGUGAAGGGAGACCCAUCGACGACAAGUACAUCUACGGGAUUAUCAUCAUGGUUUGUUUAGCGUGUAUGUAUUGGUACGAUCUUGACCAGUUUCCUGCACUUGGAGCCUUCUUGCUUGGUCUCGCCAUCCCCAAUGGACCUCCUAUUGGUUCUGAACUGGUUGAACGUCUAGAGAGCUUCAACUUUGGUCUUAUAUUGCCUCUCUUCAUUACAUCCAGUAUGCUCAGGACUGAUAUCAGCGCUUGGAAAGAUUGUUUAACCGACCACACUAAAUUCGCGGUUGCAUCUCUCAUCGUACUCAUCUCCUUGUUGAAGUUCUCUAUCUCAAUGAUCAUACCUUACCUCUAUAAAAUGCCACUGAGAGACUCUGUCGUUCUUUCCCUUAUCAUGUCCCAUAAGGGUAUCAUCGAACUGAGUUUCUACCUAUUCUCUUACUCCGCCAAGGUUUUCACUAGAGAUACCUUCUCGAUCCUAGUCUUGUCCAUCGUCCUCAACUCGUUGAUCAUACCAAUAGCGAUCGGAUUUAUCUACGACCCCUCGAAGCAAUUCUUGUGCUACCAAAAGAGAAACUUAGCAAUUAUGAAAAACUCUGGAGAGCUAAAGACUCUAGUAUGCAUCCAUAGACCAGACCACAUAUCUUCCAUGAUCAACCUUCUAGAAGCUUCUUAUCAAUCCGAGGAGAGCCCUCUUACUUGCUACGUACUUCACCUCGUCGAGUUACAAGGUCAAGACGUUCCCACUUUGAUCUCACACAAAGUCCAGAAACUUGGAGUCGGGUCGGGGAAAAAAUAUUCGGAAAACGUCAUCCUCUCUUUCGAACAUUUCCACCGUUACGUGUGCAGUUCCAUUUCCAUUGACACAUUCACAUGCAUCGCGAACGCGAACCACAUGCAAGAUGAUAUUUGUUGGCUAGCUCUCGAUAAAGCUGUCACGCUUAUCAUUCUCCCUUUCCACCGUACCUGGUCUCUCGACCGAACAUCCAUCGUCUCCGAUAGUGAAAUGAUCCGGUUUCUCAAUUUUAACGUCUUGAAACAAGCUCCUUGUUCUGUCGGCAUCCUUAUCGAACGACAUCUCGUUAAGAAAAAACAAGAGUUCCAAGAAAACCUCAAGGUUUGUGUUAUAUUCGUGGGAGGAAAAGACGACAGGGAAGCAUUGGCCUUCGCGAAGAGAAUGGCUCGUCAAGAGAACGUGACACUUACCGUUCUACGCCUUGUAGCAUCUGGAAAGAGCAAAGAAACGACAGGAUGGGACCAAAUGCUCGACACCGUGGAACUAAGAGAGUGUAUGCGAAGCAGUGAACCAAAUGAUCAACCAGGAACGCCGAAAGAGGAAGUUUCCACAAUUUACUUGGAACAAGAGAUAAUAGAUGGAGCAGAUACGUCAAUGCUUCUACGUUCCAUGGCAUUUGAUUACGACCUUUUCAUUGUUGGAAGGACAUGCGGUGAGAACCACGAGGCGACAAGAGGGAUAGAGAAUUGGUGUGAGUUUGAGGAGCUUGGAGUCAUUGGUGAUUUCCUGGCCUCCCCGGAUUUCCCGAGCAAAACAUCCGUGUUAGUAGUUCAACAACAACGAACGGUCAGCCAAUAAUUAGAAAAAGCGCACUACUUUGUUCCAUAUCUCUCUUUUGUAACAUUUACAAUAAAGUUUGAAAAUACGAAAAAUCAUAUAUGAGUACUUAUCAUUUGGUUUGUUCAUUGUUACAUGUCGAUUAUGAUAUUUUGCAUUUUUUUUUAA